AUGAGAAUUCUUCAAUCUUUACACCUUACUGGAUCUGGAGAAAACUAUUCACUUCAAAAUUAUAAACAGACGCUACAAAAUUUAUCUAAAUACUUUGCCACGCAACAACCAAACGAAAUGUACGAGUUGUUUCCAAAUGAUUUCCCUGCACUUGAUGACUGCAGUAGCAAAAUGGUAUCUGAAAAUGAACGAUGGAAAUAUGUGCGUGAAGGUGAUCGACCAGAAGAACGCAUAGAAUUACUUUCACAGUCAUUCAACUCGAUAUGA